CCUCUCGGCCCUUGAGUUGAAUCGCAAAUUGCAAUAUGAUUGCCACAACGGUGUGCUUUUACCUGGUGCUUCUGGCCAUCCUCAUGGUGUUCCUGUCCCCCUCUGCGGAGGGCUGCUUCAUCCUGCUGGCGUGCCUGCUGGGGUCUCCAUAUUGUCCGUUCAACACCACCUCGUCUGGAUAAAAGUGUUACUUAUCUGCGCUAUGCCCUCCCACACCCAAUAAAUAUGAUAAUGCAUUGAAAAUACAUUAGAUCAUGAUAACAGA